AUGAGCAACGGCCAUUUGGUGAAACUGGUUUGGCGGAUGAACGAACAAAAGAUUCAUAGCAGGAAUUCACCUCCAUCACCGACAUCAGCGAACCAGAGCUUCAGGACCCCCACAGCAGCGAACCCACAGCACCCCAGCAGAAGCAACCACCCUCCCCGACCCAACCAGCAACUUGCACCAGGGGACGACGGCACUGCUCAGCAUUCACCAUUCUCACCAUUCUCAGCUCAAAUCCAAGAGAUUGGUUUUGAAAUUCCCUCCUCCGCCAUCCUCCUCAGCGUUGCUAGGCUUCUGACCGUCUUGCAGGCGUGCCAGAAGGCAUGGGGCAAGACGUUCACGGGAUGGGCGGCGGGAGCGAACUGCGCAACGGCGGAGAAGAUCACGUGCGACGUCGGGGGAUACGUCACCUCCAUGAACAUGUCGGGAUCGGGGCUCAAAGGCAGCCUCCCCGACAGCCUGUUCAUGCUCGACAAGCUCACCAUGCUCGACUUCACGUACAAUUUUCUGACGGGCGGGAUCCCCAUCACCGUGGGUGUCGCCAACAAGCUGCAGUGGAUGAGUCUGGCACGCAACAACUUCAAUGGCAUGGUCCCGCUACUCAACACCCUCGCGAAGCUAUCCUACCUGGAUCUGAGCACCAACGGGUUCAUAGGCGAGCUCACCACCCUGCCCACUGCGCUCGCCUACUUGAACGUGCAGUACAAUCAGUUCACAGGACCCGUCCCUGGGGGCCUCCCCACACUCACAAAGCUCUCCUACCUCAACAUGAAGUCCAACCAGUUCUCUGGCGCCCUCCCGCCGGCCCUGGGCAAUCUCGCCAGCCUGCAGUUUCUCAACCUGGGCACCAACGCUCUCACAGGCGCCCUUCCAGCAAGCGUCUCUGGGCUUGCCAAGCUCUCCACCCUGGACCUGAGUUACAACAAGCUGAGCGGCCCUCUUCCCUCCACUCUCGGCGCCCUGCCUUCUCUCGAAGCCCUCACGCUCAACGUCAACACCUUCUCAGGCCCCAUCCCUCCUGCGCUCUUCUCCCUCACCAAAGUCACCAACCUGCUCAUCAAGGCCAAUAAGCUCACAGGCAGCAUCCCUUCCACCAUUGGCGCCCUUGCUUCACUCGUCUACCUGGAUCUGAGUGAGAACUCGCUCACGGGCACCGUGCCAGCGGUCAUGGGCAAGCUCGCCAAGCUCCAGCAGUUCACUGUGAACUCCACGGGGCCAUCCAAGGUGCUGUGUGCAGCGGCGGGAGUGUGUGCUGUCGACCAGGUCACCACCUCUGCCUUCUGCCAGACGUGCGCCACCUUCUGCAAAGUCUGCACGCCCCCUGGAAAGAACACUAACUCCGCCGCGGCGCCACCCCCGGCUACUGCACCUUCCUCUGCUACUGCGCCUUCCCCUGCUACUGCACCCCCCCCUGCCACUGCACCUCCCCCUGCCACUGCACCUACCCCUGCCACCGCGCCCCCCUCUGCCACGUCGCCUGCUCCUGCCAUGCCCCCUGUUGUAUCCCCUGCGCCAUCUCCUGCAGCUCCUGUCAUUCCUCCUGUGGCCUCUCCUGCCCCCACUCCUGCAUCUGUUUCUGCCCCCACUCCUGCCCCUGCUAAUGCCCCCACUUCUGCACCCACUCCCACCUCACCUCCUGUCAUCUCUCCUGUUCCUGCUCCGACCGCCGCUCCUCCAGUCGCUCCCCCCACAUCUCCCCCCACCACUGCACCAUCACCUGCUCCUGUCACAGCUUCCCCCCCCAUUGCCUCCCCCCCGCCUCCUCCUCCUCCAUAUGGUGACCUGUCACCUCCUCCCCCUCCCGCCACAGUUCCUUCUCCUCCUCCGCCUCCCAAAGCUGGAGCUAUUUAUGGCGUUGGCUUCGGCACGCUGCUGGCCUCCCUGGUGUCAGCGAUGGUGCUGAAUUUGCUGCUGUAG